AUGCGGCCGAUUGGUUGGACGCUGGCGUGCGCGUUGCUCGCGACUACUUUUCCAAAAAGUGCAAUCCUGUCGGACGUCCAGAGUAUUGGUGUCGCUGCGGGUUACCAGCGCGAAGCUGGACGCGCCAAAGUCACCAAACUGCUGCCGAUUUCCAAGGUCGCGACCGUGGACCCCGAUAUACAGGAGCUGAGAAAAUUCCUCGACGAUCUGUUCGUCGGCGGAACGAAGAAGAUUCGAGGUAAGCGUAAAGUUGACGUUUCGAGAUAUUAUGCUCGAACGUUUGGCCAGAAGCGAAUCCAAUUUAUGUUAAUGCCGAUGAUGUACAAAAUGGGAGUGAUGAUGACAAUGCUAACCGUUUUAACUCUGAUCUCGCUGAAGGGAUUGCUCAUUGGUGCCAUACUAUUGAUGCUAAAACUCAGCACGAUAAUAGCCAAGUUUACGUCUGGUGGGCAGCACAAUGCGCAGCCUGCUCAACCGAUCCACGUGCACGUUCACAACAGCCUGCCGACAGCUCACAAUCAAGCGUACAAUGGAUGGAUGUCGGCAAGCGGACCAGAAAACGCGGGAGAACAUUACUACUACAGAGGAUGAUGACGAGUUCUUCG